CCUAGAUUUGACGCUGCCGGCCCCAAUGCCGCCGAUGCAUCAUCUAUCCGCCGCUCCCUCCACCCGCAGCUACCCCCACGGUCCUUUGGUCUAGUGGAUUGGAGUUCCAUCUGGAGUAGGGUUGGCUUCUUCUCCUGUUGGGAAAAUGGUUGAGCAUCUCUUUGAGGAUAUCUUCAUUGUGACCAGGCUCGAUCCUGAUGGGAAGAAGUUUGACAAAGUUACUCGCAUUGAAGCUAAAAGCGAGCAGUUUGAUAUGUACAUGCAGUUAGAUGUUGCUACUGAGGUCUAUCCAAUGCGUACUGGUGACAAAUUCACCAUGGUUUUAGCUCCCACUCUUAACCUGGAUGGAACACCAGACACUGGCUACUACACACAGGCUGGUAGAAAAACACUUGCUGACAAGUUUGACUAUGUCAUGCAUGGAAAGCUUUACAAGAUCUCAGAAGACAGUUCCAGUGGUCAAGCUGCUAGAGUGGAAAUUUAUGCAUCUUUUGGUGGCCUCCUGAUGAUGCUCAAGGGUGAUCCUUCCAAUGCUGCUAGCUUCGAGCUGGAUCAAAGGCUCUUUCUUCUGAUCAGAAAGGUGUAGAUGUAUUUGCUACCCAAUAACCGGUUCUGGUUACCUUGUUGGUAGUCGUAAUUGUUCGUGACCCUAUAUGUACUCUCUCGGUGGUUGUAUAACUAUCGGUAAAACGACUUCUAUUAGAAGUUGUGCAUCUAUCACGUUGUCACUAAUACUUGCUACAACUGAGCACAUUAAGCGCACUAAUCGUGGAUAUUAUGGUGGUUCUAUCUUUUGGUUUAUUGCA